AUGCUGAGCGAACCGUCUGUGUCCCGCCGCUGGCCGCUGGCCGUUUCUGCCGUCUGUAGUUUUAUUCUUGUGUUUACAGCCAGCAUUACACAGUCGUUCAAUAAACGCAUUAUGUUCGUGUCUCAGUUUGUCGUCGAAGCUGUUUACCUUUCUGGUUUAGACGCUGAACGAUCGCCGUGUAUUAUGCAGAGGGAAAUCGAGUGCGUUGGGAAAAACUGUCAGUCGAAAUGUGACAAAGAAAGCACCAGUCUGUUGACCAAGUAUUUGGUUGUUGCGAGCGGCCCAUUUUGGAAGUGUGCAAUGGGCAUGGCGUACGAGCAGAGAACGGGAAGCAAAAGAAAGCAAGGGGCCACUCGAUAUAGCAAACGGUCGUGUAAUUUGUCUGAGACUUGGCUUUCGUCUGAAGUUUGA